ACUGCACAAAGAAAACCCAAAUCUCAGCUUUGAAAGAUAAAAGAUCGAUCGACAUGGAAGUAGGUCAAGUUCUUCACAUGAAUGGAGGAGUUGGAGAUAGUAGCUAUGCAAACAACUCUUUAGUUCAGCAAAAGGUGAUAACGAUGACGAAACCGAUCACAGAGGACGCCAUAACUAAGCUCUACAAAAGCAGUUGUCCGGUGGCAAUAGCCAUCGCCGAUUUGGGCUGUUCUUCGGGACCCAACACUUUGUUUGCGGUGUCUGAACUCAUCAAAGUGGUGGAUAGUCUUCGCCGGAAAAUGAAACGAAAAUCCCCCGAGUAUCAAGUGUUUCUCAACGAUCUUCCAGGGAAUGACUUCAACACCAUUUUCCGGUCCCUCUCCGUCUUCCAAACCAAUCUGAGGAACCAACUUGGAACCGACAGUGGACCCUGUUUCUUCACCGGAGUACCUGGUUCCUUCUACGGCAGGCUUUUCAGGAAAAACAGCCUUCAUUUUGUACACUCUUCAUACAGUCUCCAAUGGCUCUCUCAGGUUCCUGAAGGGCUGGAAAAUAAUAAAGGGAACAUUUACAUGGCCAGCUCAAGUCCACCGGACGUGCUCAGGGCGUAUUAUAAGCAGUUCCAGCAAGAUUUUUCCUUGUUUUUGAAGUGUAGAUCGGAGGAACUGGUGGAUGGAGGGCGUAUGGUUUUGACUGUCUUAGGGAGAAGAAGUGAUGAUCCUUCAAGCAAAGAGGGUUGUUACAUUUGGGAGCUUUUGGCCAUGGCUCUCAAUGAUAUGGUACUUGAGGGAAUGAUAGAAGAAGAGAAACUGAACACCUUCAACAUCCCUCAAUACACACCAUCUCAGGUAGAGGUUAAAUAUGAGGUUUUGAAAGAAGGGUCGUUCAGCAUCGACCGAUUGGAAGUAACCGAAGUAAAUUGGAACGCCUAUCAGAACGAAACCGACUUAUCUGAUGCGUUCAAAGAUGGAGGGUACAACGUAGCCAAGUGCAUGAGAGCUGUGGUGGAGCCAUUAAUUGUCAGCCACUUUGGUGAAGACAUCGUCGAUCAAGUGUUCCAAAGGUACAGGGAAAUUAUUGCCGAUCGCAUGUCCAAGGAGAAGACUGAGUUUGUGAAUGUCAUCGUUUCACUUAUAAAAGUUUGAUCAUCGUCGUCUACUUCCUUUAUUUCAUCGUUAGAUCAAUCGUCAGUGUGAGUGCUAGAAAUGAACUGCGCUAAGCGCACUGUAGUCUGUAGUAUCCAAACAAGAGUGAUAUCAUGCA